GUCCGUCGUCGGCGAAGAUGCGGCAGUUCAAGUACCAUGAGAAGAAGCUUCUCAAGAAGGUUGACUUGCUGGAAUGGCGCAAUGAGAACAACUUGCAUGAGAUCAAGGUCAUCCGCCGCUACCGACUGCCGGACCGCGAGCAGUAUCACAAGUACAACAAGCUCGUCGGCGACAUCGGUCGCGUCGUGGCACGGCUGAAGAAGCGUCCGUCCAACGACCCAUUUCGCAUCAAAACGACCGAGAAGCUGCUCGAAAAGCUGUACCAGAUGGGCAUCAUCAACGGCACGAAGAGUCUGUUGAAGGCCGAAGAGCUGAACGUGAGCUCGUUCUGCCGCCGCCGGCUGCCGGUGGUGAUGGUACGACUCAAGAUGAGCGAAAACAUCAAGGAAGCGACGACGUUCGUGGAGCAAGGCCAUGUCCGCGUCGGGCCCAACACCGUGACGGACCCGAGCUUUAUGAUCACGCGGCCGUUUGAGGACUUUGUCACGUGGGUCGACAGCUCCAAGAUCAAGCGGACAAUCCUCAAGUACAACGACAAGCUCGACGACUACGACUUGCUCGGGAAUUAGUAUAUUUUGCGAUUGAACCAACACGACUCGUAUAUGUAUGAGUUGCACGUCCUUGACAAAGAUGCCCCGUAACUAUUGUUGAAUUCGCCAAAGUGCAAUUUGCAUAUAUCUCAAACGUAUACACAAGGUCUUGGUUCUUAACCUUUAACCGAGAAUAAACGAUGAUUGUU